GCCGCUGUGCCCUCCUUCUUGCCCGCCGCUGCCCAGGAGACCCGGCUACACCCGCCCAUGCCCGCUGUGCCCACUCGCCACCCCCGGGGCACUGGCAUGGCAGGCAGAGGGGGCAGACACUGGGAGAAGGAGCCUCUGUGAACAGCAUGAGCACGAGUGAAGAGUGCUGGGGUGAAGAGGACUCUGAUGGGGACAGCGACUGCGAGGAGUUCAUGUACGGAAUACAGGGGCACUUUGCCUCCGACCUGUACCGCCACCCUCAGCUGGACGCUGACCUCGGGGCCGUGAGGGACAUCUACACUGAGAGAGCCGUGUCUGUCAGGGAGUAUGGACCAAUCGAUGAUGUGGACGUUGACUUGCAGAUCAAUAUCGGCUUCCUGGAUGAGGAGGUUGCCAAUGCCUGGAAGGUCGUCCGAACGGAACCAAUCAUCCUACGCCUUCGGUUUUCCCUUUCACAGUAUCUGGAUGGCCCAGAACCCACAGUGGAGGUGUUCCAGCCGUCCAGCAAAGAUGGCUUCGGCCUUGGCGUCCAGCUCAAGAAGAUCCUGCGCACCUUUGUGUCCCAGCAGUGGAAGCUCCUGAGUAACGAUCUGAUCCGGACGCAGCAGAAGAAGCGCCACAGCUGGUUCAAGGCCGGCGGCACCAUCAAGAAGUUCCGCGCCGGACUCAGCAUCUUCUCCCCUGUGGCCAAGUCUCCAUGUGUGCCUCUGAUCCAGGGCCCCGUGGUGAAGGGGCCCCUGCGCACCCCCGAGCUCAGAGUCACGCGCCUCAUCAACCGCUCCGGCCCCUGCACCAUGAAGGGCCCCAAGGGAGAGCUGUUCACCUACGCCGCCAACGGAGAGAGUGUGGCGGUACCAGGGGCCAGGCCCACGGUGCAGAUCACCACCAAACAGCUGAUCGAGCUCUUCUUCUCCUCCCAAGCCCUCAUCCACUGCAAGAGCAUCCCCACCCUGGAGUACGGCUUCCUAGUGCAGAUCAUGAAGUACUCGGAGCAGAGGAUUCCCACUCUAAACGAGUACUGUGUGGUGUGUGACGAACAGCACGUCUUUCAGAAUGGCUCCAUGCUCAAGCCUGCCGUGUGCACCAGAGAGCUGUGUGUUUUCUCCUUUUACACUCUGGGUGUGAUGUCUGGAGCUGUGGAGGAAGUGGCCACAGGAGCUGAGGUGGUGGACCUGCUGGUGGCCAUGUGCAGGGCUGCGCUGGAGUCGGCCCGGAAGAGCAUCAUCUUUGACCCCUACCCCUCCGUGGUCGACCCCAGUGACCCCAAGAGCCUGGCCUUUAACCCCAAGAAGAGGAGCUAUGAGCGUCUGCAGAAGGCGCUGGACAGUGUCAUGUCCAUCCGGGAGAUGACGCAAGGCUCGUACCUGGAGAUCAAGAGACAGAUGGAUAAGAUCGACCCCCUCGCCCACCCCCUCCUGCAGUGGAUCAUAUCCAGCAACAGAUCCCAUAUUGUCAAGUUGCCUCCAAGCAGGCAGCUGAAGUUUAUGCACACCCCCCACCAGUUCCUGCUCCUCAGCAGCCCACCUGCCAAAGAGGCUCGCUUCCGCACCGCCAGGAAACUCUACGGCAGCACCUUUGCCUUCCAUGGAUCCCACAUAGAGAACUGGCACUCCAUCCUGAGGAAUGGACUCGUUAAUGCCUCUUACACCAAGCUCCAGCUGCAUGGGGCCGCCUAUGGGAAGGGUAUCUACCUCAGCCCAAUCUCAAGCAUCUCCUUUGGGUACUCAGGCAUGGGGAAAGGACAGCACCACAUGCCCUCUAAAGAAGAGCUGGUCCAGCGCUACAACCGCAUGAACACCAUGGCACAGACUCGAUCAGUGCAAUCACGAUUCCUGCAGAGCCGGAAUUUAAACUGCAUCGCUCUCUGUGAAGUUAUCACAUCCAAGGAGCUGCAGAAGCACGGGAACAUCUGGGUGUGUCCGGUGUCGGACCAUGUGUGCACACGCUUCUUCUUCGUGUAUGAGGAUGGGCAGGUGGGAGACGCCAACAUCAACUCCCAGGACACACACAUCCAGCGAGAGAUCAUGAGUGUGAUCGGAACGCACCCGAGCUCUCGACAUCCCGACGGACUCUGAGACUCUGAGGGCUGUCCCUCCCCAGGGGGGGGGGGGGAAAUCACUGUCCCUCCCCAGGGGGACAAAAGACUGGCGUGUUUCUGACUAUCUUACUCCGUAACGUCUGUGUUGUGUUGGGUCUCACUGUUAGAGUAGUGGACUGUGUGCGCCACUAGAGGCCACUGUUGCACACGCCGGGGGAGGCGCAGGGAGGAUGCCACGUCAUGCCACGUCUGCCACGUCUGCCACGUCUGCCCUGCCGUGAUGCGGCGCGUCGUGGCGCGUCGUGGCGCCGGCCAGAGGAAGUGUGUCCUGCGGUCCUGUGUGUGCGCUGUAGAAACAGGAAGCAUGUGUGUGGACUCUUCUCACUAAUGGACUCAUCGAUCUUUCUCUCUCCAGCUGUCAGUGUGCUCUAUGAUAAGCUCCUAGUGUCCCCAGUAUCCCUGUUCAACAGUCAGUCUGCGCCUUCUAGAAUAAUCCAGAAUAAUCCAGUGUGUGUUCAUCAUCCAGGCUCACGUCAGGUCAGGUGUUGCUGUUUUAGUUGGCGUCUGCUCUCUGGGCAGCUGCAGCCACCCCUAGCACAGCCAGGGGGCGCUCUAGAGGGACCUCACAGAGGUCUCAGUCACAGACACAAGCAGAGGAUGAGAGUUAUGCUCCCUGCAAGGCCUGCUGGGGUUGUGUGUGUGUGUGUGUGCGCGCGCACGUGUGUGCACCCGUGUGUGUGCGCGCGUGUGUGUGUGUGUGUAGGGUGGGCAGGUCUGUGUUCACUUGCCUUGUGUGUGUGUGUUUGUGUGUAUAAGUAUGUGUGUGUGUGUGUGUGUGUGUGUGUGUGUGUGUGUGUGUGUGUGUGUGUGUGUGUGUGUGUGUGUGUGAAGAUGGGGGUAUUAAUGUCCUGGUGAUCACCAGUGUGUGUCCACGGAGGGGGUUAUGGUUACACAUAGCCGACAUUUGUAUGAACCUGUCAGUUUGUAAAAAAUGUAAUAAA